UCGGCUGCGCGUGCGCGGAUCGUGCCCGGAGCGCCCCUAGAGCGGCGGAACCCCGGGACCAUGAGCAGCUCCGAGGAGGUGUCGUGGAUCUCGUGGUUUUGCGGCCUCCGCGGCAACGAGUUCUUCUGCGAGGUGGACGAGGAUUACAUCCAGGACAAAUUCAACCUGACGGGGCUCAACGAGCAGGUGCCCCAUUACCGCCAGGCCCUGGACAUGAUCCUGGACCUGGAGCCAGACGAGGAGCUGGAGGACAACCCCAACCAGAGCGACCUGAUCGAGCAGGCGGCCGAGAUGCUCUACGGGCUGAUCCACGCCCGGUACAUCCUCACCAACCGCGGCAUCGCCCAGAUGCUGGAGAAGUAUCAGCAGGGAGAUUUCGGGUACUGCCCGCGGGUGUACUGUGAGAACCAGCCCAUGCUGCCCAUCGGGCUGUCAGACAUCCCGGGCGAGGCCAUGGUCAAACUCUACUGUCCCAAAUGCAUGGACGUGUACACGCCCAAGUCCUCGCGGCACCACCACACCGACGGCGCCUAUUUCGGCACCGGUUUCCCCCACAUGCUCUUCAUGGUGCACCCCGAGUACCGUCCCAAACGUCCCGCCAACCAAUUCGUACCCAGGUCAGAGGUUCCCCAUCAAAAAAACCCCGAAAUCUUACAAAAAAACCCAAAAAAAACCGCGUGAAAAACGGCCCCGGAAUUCCGAAAAACGACCGAAAAAAGUUCCCCGCGGAAAACGCUCGCGGAGCUUGGGGAAAUAACCUGGAAAAAAAAAACAAAAAAAACAAACAAAAAAAAAAACAUCCCCCGGUGAAAACGAGAUUGAAACUCGGGAAAAUCGGCCCUUCCAAAAAAAAAUAUAUUGUGGAAAGGGGGUUCAAAAUUUGGGAAAACACCUCCCCCGAAAAGAAAAUAAAAAAACAGCGAAAAUAGGCUCAAAGCUUGGGGAAAUAACCACAAAAAUCUCAGUGGGAAUGAGCCCAAAAGUCACAAAAACGGCUCCUAAAAAACAGCAAAAAUGAGCCCAAAACUUGGGGAAAUGACCCUAAAAGCUGCAGCGAUGUAAAAACCCCAAACUUGGGGAAAAAAAAAAAAGAUCUCAAAAAAAUCCCGGACAAAACGAUCCCAAAAUUGGAGAAAACGACCCCAGAAACUUAAAAUUCAAUUCUACAGAAACGAGUUUGAAUCUCCACGUGUUCCAAAAGUUUUCCUUUCCACAAAAAAAUUCCAAUUUUUUUCCCCCCAAAAAAUUCAAUUUUUUUUUUG